AUGAGCUUCUCCAGAUACCUACCACAUCAUGUUCACACACCUUUAACACGAUAUCAAGACCCUAUGAAGAUUCUAGUCGAAGGAAGAGAAACUUUUCUAACCAAGCAACUCCUAAGGAGAAAUCAGAGAUCCGACUUACAACGAUUACAACGCAUAAGAACCAAUCUUAGUUGGACCAAGUUUUCCCUCUUCAUUCCAAACGAAUCCGCAUUUAUCAAAUGUUUGUAUCCGCAAAAGACAUCUUCUAUAAUGCUAGAUGAUCAUGUUUCGAUAACUACUUCAAACGUCUAUAAGAUUGGAUUAAACUUCUUGAAUUUUAAACGAUUGGAAUUUGAUUCCAAACUGAAAAAAGACUUUAUUGAUUCGUUUUCUAACUUGAAAUCCACUUCCAAUGAUAAAUUGUUGAAAUUCAUAUUGAAAAAAUAUAGAUUGGUAGGAAUAGCAAGGUUAAACAUGCCGAAUGAUAGAAUCCCUGAAAGAAUUAGGUUAAAACUGGAUCAAGCAGCAAUGAUAACAAUAAUAGGAUAUCUUUCGUUAGUUAAUAAUGGAAAAGGUUUGGAUCAGUGGGUUAAAUCACAAGUUUUCAAACCGUUUACACAGCAUAAGUUUUUAUGA